CAGUCCCCUCCUUGAAGAUUGGUGUGGGGGAAGGCUACGUAACUGUACUCCCCCGACGUGGAGCGGCGCUGGGGUCGGGGCUGCCUUUAUAAAGCUGGAUGCCGGCGAUGGUUUGUCCAAAGUCAGGAUUAAACAUGGGGCACCUCCAGCCCUACCUGAUCGUCGCCAGCCUCUGUACCUUGUUGGUCCGGGGCGGAAUGAGCCUCCCUGAAGGAUGGAGAUCCCUGAAAAACGACGCCACCGAAAUCGUUCACGAGUACACUGACAUUGGCAGCGAUCUGAGGAAUCACAGCUCCAACCAGGCGAAACUCGGGGGCAGAGGACGUCUGCAGUUGGCGGUGCGAGGUGCAGGCGAGUUCAGUUGCAGAGAGCUGCGAUCCACCAGGUACAUAUCGGACGGGAUGUGUCGCAGCGUGAAGCCAGUCAAGGAGUUGGUUUGCUCUGGUCAGUGUAUGCCAGCUCAUCUCCUCCCUAAUUCCAUUGGGCGCAUUAGGUGGUGGAGCCGGCACCAGAGCUCUGACUAUCGGUGCGUCGCUGCCCACUCCCGCACCCAACGGGUUCGCCUCGAGUGCCAAAACCGGGAAACAAGGACCUACAAAAUCCAAGUGGUGACUUCCUGCAAGUGCAAACGCUAUUCCCGCCAUCAUAACCAGUCAGACAAGAAGCAGUUUGAGAUGGAAGCAACCAGGAGGAGAAAAAGCAAGAAGGUAGCACGAUCCAAAAAUAGAGGGGUAACCAACCAACAUGAUAAUUCUGACUGAUAUUAAACUUUAUAACUGUGUAAUAUUGUUUCACAUUAUGAAUGUUUCUUACUAUAUGGAAAGUCCAUGAUGUUCAUUUUCUAAAGCACUUACCCUAAAGUGUGUAUUGUUUAGCAUAUAAUCAUGAUUCUCUUAAAUAGAUGGGAACAUUGCACUUCCUACUUGGUCUGAGAUGAAAUAUAUCCAAAUUCAAUGAUAUAUCCUGACCAAAAUGUAUUAUAGGAUAUCCCAUACAAAAGCGACUAAUCCAUAAUUUCUCUGUAAAACUACUUACCCAUGUUUGACAGGGAACUUGUAAAUGCUAGUGAUAUUUCCUCCAACAGGUUAUAAUAUUACUCUGUAGGAUAGUUUUUGUGUGAUAAUAUUUAAUGUAUAAUGCAUAUUGGAACUAUUAACAGGCACAGAUCAACUUUCAUUUGAAAGAGGUUGUACUUCAUUUGAGCCGGUAUCUAUCUGUUCCAGGAAAACCAAGGUAAAUUGGGGUCCCUAAACUAAUAUCAGACCACUUUUUUUGACAAUAAAAUUUAAAAAAAGAGUCCAGCCCUUCCUAAUUUCGAAAAACAGAAAAUGUUGGAAAUAAGGUACACAAAAUGUUGGAAAUACUUGUCAGGUCACCAAGCAUACGUAGAGAGAGAAACUGGUUUGACAUUAUGAGUCGCUCAUUGUCGUGGCAGAUAAACUUUGUCAACCAUUCUGAGUUUCUCCAGCGUUUUCUGGUUUUGUUUCAGAUUUCAAGCAUCUGCAGUACUUUUGAUUUUCAGAUUAAUGUUUCCAGCUGUCUAAAUGCCUUUUCCAUCAUUCAAUGUGUUUACCUCAGUCAUUUUACAAUGUCCACAAACAGCAGUGACAAAUGCAAAUUCAAUUUACUUUCCGUCUUUCAAAGGGACACUGGCAAGUUUGCAAUAACAAUCAGCCAAAAGCUGACGCGAUUUCAGAGCGAAUCCGCUGAAGUGUGCUAAAUACUAAAUGCGCAAAUCAGAGUGAUAGGAGUCCGAAUCCCAUUCCGAGAUUUCCCUGCCAUCUUAUUGAUCCAUUAAUGCUGACAAAACCUCCCAAAUACACUCGAUUGGGGUAAAGAAUGGAAGUGAAAAAGGAAAUCUUCCAGGAACCAUUUGUAAAUUAUUACUCAUUUCAAGUUUGUAUAUAUUAGAUAUUUUGUACCAAAUGAUUUGUGCAGCAGUGUUUGAAAAGUAUCUAGAUGCCGAAGUGCUCCUGUUACCUAUUGAUGACAGGGUGACGGUAGAAAUAUCUUUGACCAGCACAAUUCUAUUUUUAAUUGUGAUUUUUUUUUUCCCCUCACAAUAUUUUUUAGCAUCUUCUGUACUUUGCUUUUUAUAUCUGCAAUACGAAACAAUAAAUGUUAAAUUGCUGUAAAUAUCGCAGCCGCUAUACUGCGCAGUUCUUUAAUUUAAUAUCACAAUAGGACGUGAAUCCACACAAGGCUAUUUUGUGAACUUGUAUUUGAGAGAUUUUGUAUGAAGUUUAAUGUGUUGAGUUUCCACAGUCCAAUAAAUGGUACUGGAAACUAACGUAGCCUCCUAAUGGAAUUAUGAAAUGUGGCCAAAAUACAUAGACGCAAGUAAUUGUUUUUAAAGUAUGAAUCAUAUUUAUUUUUCUCAUUUAAAUUAUUUAAAGCACCAUGUUUCAUGUGCAGAUGUAUGAGAACUAUUCUUGCCAUGUAAAGUAUUGUUUACUUGCAGACUUUUAAAUGUCAUGAAAAUAAAAGUUAAAACAAACAGCAA